GCAUUUUCAUUGACUGGACUAAAUUACUGGACUACGUGGAUUUUGUUAGCCUUGUUAGCUAUUUGGGAUCUGAUUGCUGUACUCUGUCCAUUUGGACCUUUACGUAUUCUUGUUGAAUCAUCAAAGGAGAAUCAGCACGAAAUUCCUGCAUUACUAUAUUCAGUGAAUGCUAUUUGGCUGAUGGCCGCACCUAAAAUUUCGAAUCAAAUUCAACCCGGCACAUCAUCUUUAUCACCUUUAACUCAAUCACAUACAGAUUCUUCGCCCUCAUCAUUCAUUUCACCGCCAAAUUCUGCAUCCACUACAAAUACAUCCAUCAUUCCACCUGUUGAAAAUAUGCCUUUAUCAGAAAAUUUGAUUCAUAAUUCUUAUAGUAUAAAUGCUAGCAAUAACAGUGAAGCCAAUACUUUAUAUAACUCGCUUCAUACUGACGAGAAUCUUUCUGGAAAUAAUAAUGAGUCAUCUGACGACGAUGAAGAAGAUGAAAGAAAUGGGUUGAAAUUAGGACUGGGAGAUUUCGUAUUUUAUAGUGUUUUAAUAGCACAAGCCG